AUGAACACCGAUGUUCGCUCGUGGGCACGAGCCUGUCUUCAGUUCCAGCGGUCAAAGGUACAUCGGCAUACUAUCACGGCGCCAGCAAAGUUCCUCGCACCUUAUGUCCACUUCGCCCAGGUCUACAUUGAUCUUGUAGGCCCGUUGCCAUCAACCAAAGGAUACCGUUAUCUCCUUUCUUGCAUUGACCGCUACACCCGUUGGCCAGAAGUCAUACCGAUGCCGGACAUUACCGCUGAAACUGUGACGCACGCCCUUCUCGCCACAUGGGUAUCCCGUUUCGGCGUCCCUACCACCGUAACCACUGACAGGGGACAUCAGUUCGAGUCCGCCCUUUUCCGUCACAUGUGCAGUCUACUGGGUACUCGCCACAUUCGGACCACCGCCUACCACCCGCCUGCUAACGGGAUCGUAGAACGUCUGCGUCCACAGCUUAAAGUUGCUCUACGGGCUACAGACGACAGUACGUCCUGGAUCGAGCGCCUUCCUCUCGUCCUGCUUGGCCUCCGUGCAGCUAUCAAGGACGACAUGUGCAGUGCGGCAGAACUUGUGUACGGCUGUUCACUCCGCCUGCCUGGAGCCUUCUUCGCGUAUUCUUCACCACCUGUGCCGGACCUCGCAUCCUACAUCGAUCGUCUCCGCUUGGUGUUUAACGACCUCAAGCCCACACCGCCCCGCACAGCCUCUAGAACAGCAGUCUUUAUCAGCCCCGACCUCCUCCAAGCCUCCCACGUCUUCAUCCGCCACGACGCCGUACGGUCAUCGUUGCUACCACCCUACGACGGGCCGUCCUUCACCGCGCGGAUAAGUUUUGCCGCUUGGAUUUUCCCCGCGGGCCUGACACGGUGUCCAUCGACAGGCUUAAGCCAGCCUACCUGGACACCACCCCCGAUGGGAUAUGACGACCAGGCAUCCACAACCUCCCGAUCGCUCCUCAAGCCCUGGAUUGUCCUCAGUCUGCCGCGCCUCAACGGAGCGUCCACUGGGCCCCGUCCACAUGGUGACCGUUGUUUCUGCGAAGGGGAGCCCUUGUAG